AUGAUCAUAUCCAACAUCAGCGCCCACGCCUUCAGCUCGGCUCCCCCAGGACAGGAGGGGUUCUUGGGGAUCACGGAGCCUCCCCCCUCCCUCACCCUCACCCCGGCGGGACACCUGCUGGUGGCGGUGUGCCUGGGUGUGAUCGGCGCCGUGGGUCUGCUGGCCAACGUGCUGGUGCUGACCCUGUUCUGCCGGUACCGGAGCCUGCGGACCCCCAUGAACCUGCUGCUGGUCAGUAUCUCGGUGAGCGACCUCCUGGUGAGCGCCUUCGGGACCCCCCUGAGCUUCGCCGCCAGUGUCCGCGGGCGCUGGCUCUACGGCCGGGCGGGCUGCGUGUGGUACGGCUUCCUCAACGCCUGUCUGGGUGAGUGA